UACGCAAAGCACUGCAGAGUUUACACUGCAGUAUCCGCAUACAUACUCGUGAAUAACUACAAAGAUAAUAUGGCGCGUCGCAGAGGUGCACACGAUGAUCCCGAGGAAGAAAUGCGAAGAAAAUAUCGUCAGUUGGUUAUUGAAACAACGGAUCCUGUUGAAAAGCUACGGUAUGCCUGCCUAUCGAGAGGUUCGUCUGGUAUCAAAGGAUUAGGAAGAACUUUUAGGAUUAUGGAUGAUGAUGGAAGCAAAUCUCUGAACUUUGACGAGUUUGAGAAAGGAUUACACGACUAUGGCGUUGCUUUGGACAAAGAGCACGCGCAACAAGCUUUUGCAGCAUUUGAUAAAGAUGGAAGUGGAAGUGUGGAUAUAAACGAGUUCCUCUUGGCAUUAAGACCUCCAAUGAGUGAAAGCCGGUUGAAUAUAGUAAAGCAAGCAUUUGCGAAAUUAGAUAAGACUGGAGAUGGAGUAAUUACUGUUGACGACCUAAAGGGUGUGUACAAUGCCAGAAAACAUCCAAAGUUUAUCAAUGGAGAGUGGACUGAAGCAGAAUGUUUUAAACAUUUCCUAAGCACUUUUGAAGCACCUGAAGAAAAGGAUGGAAAGGUGACCAGUGAAGAAUUUCUGAAUUAUUACAGUGGUGUUAGUGCAUCAAUAGAUGAGGAUGUCUACUUCGACUUGAUGAUGAGAAAUGCUUGGAAAAUCUAAACUGGGAAUGUUUGAAAGAAACUAGUUUGUAGUCUAAAGAACAGUUUUAGAAAACUUUUUCUCAACAUAAUUAGUACAUUGAAAUUAUUAUGGACAAAGAGGGUUAAGCAUAAUUAAGUUUGUCUAUUUUUAGGGGGCUAAAAAGUUUUUAAAGUGUUUUUCUUUUGUUAAAAGAAAUUUAAAGCACUUUUAGUUAUUUUGUUUGUUAACAGCACUGAGUAUUAGAGUAACAUGCAGAAGUCUGAAGUUCUGUCAGGGAAAUCAGAAAUUCUGUCAGGGAAAUACAUAAUUGAUGUACGUUGCCUGACAUGUUUACUCUUCAAUACUCUAAACCAUUUUCAUGUUAGCAUUUUUGCUAUAUUUUUUUCUAAAUCAAUUGUUUUUCCCCAUAUGAAUUGUGGGAUCAUCUACAAAUCUUGGGGUUCUAGAGACUAGGGAAUCGGUGUAUCAUUCAUUUUAGCAUUUAAAAAGCUCUAAGGGUUUAUAUGACAGAUGGUUUUAAUCCCUUCACUUCUUCAAAACUUGUAUCUUAAUAUAGACAAACUAAAUUGAACUUAAUAAUUGUUGUUUGUAUUAUAACAUGUAGUUGUUAUGAAGUA